CAAGCUGUCACAGCUGACAGUUUGUCUGUCCUUCUGGUACUUGCAGUUUUCGGCCAGCAACACAGCGAGCACCGCGGCGUCGGACGCACAGGAUUGUCCGUACUUACAGUUGUAGCCGGUGUCAACUAACCAGCGAGCUAACGGCUAAAGUUAGCCAACAAGCUUGACGACUAACUUGCUAGCUAGCAUUCGACGGUAGCUAGCAUCGUUAGCUGACGUUUCAGUUAGCUAGCUAGCUAGGCUGCUGUUAGUACGAGGCGAGGAAGCCGCCCACUCCUGUAAAGUAGCACACCGGACAAAAGAGUGAACGAUGGAAGCCCAAAGCUCCAGUGGGCUGCUGCUGUCCAGAAAGAGGAGAAGAGAGGGCUCCAAUGGGGAGGCGGAGGAGGGAGAGAAGCUGGUGAAAAUCCCCAGAUGUACUGUGGGAUUGAAGCACCCUGCACCUUUCGCAGAUGAGCUGGAGUCAGCUGAUGGUAAACCCUAUGAGAGAGUCAGCAUGGAGGAGGCCAAGAGGGGAACACCACCCGAUAGACCGGUGCGGGUGUAUGCAGACGGCAUCUUUGACGUUUUCCACUCAGGUCACGCCAGAGCACUCAUGCAGGCUAAAUGCCUCUUCCCAAAUACACACCUCAUUGUCGGAGUGUGCAGUGAUGACCUGACCCACAAAUACAAGGGCUUCACAGUGAUGAAUGAGGAUGAGCGCUAUGAUGCCAUCAGACAUUGCCGCUAUGUGGAUGAAGUGGUGCGAAACGCUCCCUGGACAUUAUCGCCAGAGUUCCUUGCAAAACAUCACAUUGACUUUGUGGCCCAUGAUGACAUCCCAUACUCCUCAGCAGGCAGUGAUGACGUGUACAAACACAUCAAGGAUGCUGGUAUGUUCGCUCCCACCCAGCGGACAGAGGGCAUCUCCACCUCUGAUAUCAUCACACGCAUAGUCCGUGACUAUGAUGUGUACGUCAGACGCAACCUGCAGAGAGGAUACACGGCUAAGGAGCUCAACGUCAGCUUCAUUAAUGAGAAGAAGUACCACCUUCAGGAGCGCGUUGACAAGGUGAAGAGGAAGGUACGUGACGUGGAGGAGAAGAGCAAAGAGUUCGUUCAGAAGGUGGAGGAGAAGAGCAUCGACCUCAUCCAGAAAUGGGAGGAGAAAUCCAGGGAGUUCAUUGGCAACUUCCUGCAGAUGUUUGGCCCUGAGGGGGCUCUGAAGCACAUGCUGAAGGAAGGGAAGGGCCGCAUGCUGCAGGCCAUCAGCCCCAGGCAGAGCCCCAACAGCAGCCCCACCCGUGAGGAGCGCUCCCCCUCUCCCACUUUCCGUCUCCCCUUCUUCACCAAGACCUCACCGCCUCCCUCGCCUCCGCCCCACCACAGCGGGGCCCGUGGAUACCUCAUCAGCGACGACGACGACGAUGAUGACGAGGAUGACGAAAACUAGAGCGCGCUUGAAUUGUUCACCUUUGUCGGGGCCGCAGUCUGUGCUACCAGUUUACUCAGAUGUCGAGUAAUGUGGUUUUCAUCGAGCUCCUGCUUCCAUUUUUUUCUUUGUUUAUGGUUUUACUUUGACAUUUAGCACUUCAGUGUGACGUUAACUGUAACAGCCAGUUUCUCCACAGCUCGUUUUUAACAGCCAAUUUUGUCCUCGUUCAGUAAACGUUACCACUAGUCACCUGAGUUCUUAGAAAAUUAGUCUCAUUUAUCGUAUUCACUUUUGAUGUUGAGUUUAUUAGUCACGCACUGUCACAGGAAUAUUUGCAGGUGUUACACUUCUUCAGUUUUUAAGUUUGUCAUUGUAAUGAGGUAGAAGUUUGUGGUUUUAUUUUUGUCAUGGCUUUAGCGGGAGGGCUCGCAGGUUGUCUGGUGUGGGGAGAGGUCAACUGAGACCUCAUGGACUGUUGAAUGAUCUCUGUGGGAAGUUUUUCAGAGCAGAUCAGAAAACUGGACAUUGAAAUGAUGUGCUCACAUUCUGCUAAUGCUAACAAGAAACCAACCUGGCUUUUAAAUAACAGGGACACUCCAGAUUACGUCAAAUCUGAGAGUUGAGUGUUGAAUACCCCCCCCCCCCCCCCCAUUUGUCCGCCUGCUUUGGGGCUAUGCGUGUAUGUGCAUGUCAUGUUUGUCCGUGCGAGCUCUAGCGUCGGCAUGUAUGAAAUGUAUUGUCAACGUUCUCUAUCUGUUGACAGAUCUGGGUUCAGCUUUGACUGCAUAGUAUAAAAGUUGCUCUUAAAUGUUGUUGUCGGCUGACAAGAUUCAGUGUCUGGAAGAAGCCUUUCCUAUGGCGUAAAAGUCUUGCAAGGAUGACUCAUUUAAAUAUUGAUGUAGAUAUACUUAUUUUUGUAGAAUUCCCCUUUGCUUUAUUUAUCCUGUGUACAGAUAAUGAUCUUAAUCAUCCUGUUUAAAAGUGCUUUGACAGUCCUGAGCAGUGAAUCAACAUGAGCGAGGCUGGAAUUAUUUUUUUUUGUAAUGCAGAUCCUGCAUCACCUGGGCCUGUAGGGAAGUACGUAAUAAUUUUUACUUGACACACAAUGUGAUGACAGACCUGAGAACUAUCUAAAUGCCAUACUUCUUAUAAGAAACUACAUCUUUUAAUUAUUUGGAGUCAUAAGCACAAACCAGGAUUGUUUUAUGAAUAAGGCCUCCUCAUUGGUAGUGCACACACAGCAAAAUAUAUAAUAUAUAGGUUGUCCCAAAAAGGCUUUGGGGUUUUUCCACGUCUUGCACCAGUCUACAGGUGAACUGAGUCUGUGCACACAACCUGAAUCAGUUCAGAGGUGUAUUUUCGCCGACUGGACUGCACUGUGUCGCAUUGUAGCGUGAGGGAUUUUAUGCAUCAAUGAUACUCCAGAUCAACAUUUUAUGUAGCUACCUCCUUCUUCCCUGAUUCUGUUUCCUAAGAUGCGCACAAAGCACGAGCAUUCAUUUCUCUUUCUGAACAGAGCCAUUGUUGCAGCACCGAAGCAAUGUGACUGGGUCAAAUUGUUUGAGAUUGUCUGGCCUCGGGUGUGUGUCCUGCAUCUCAAGUGAAAGCAUGUCUGUGUCUCCUCUCAUUCAUAUAUAUAAAAUGAAACAUCACAGGUGAUCUGAAGACAUAAUGCAAUACUGUCAGAUGACUAAUAUAAAUGUUGACAGAUAUCCGGUUGAUCUGUUCUAGGCUUGGUUUCCCAAAAGAACUUACGGUUUAAAUCAAUCAAGUCUGCCUCUCUGAAUCAAGGUUUAAGGUUGGGAAAUAACUGGAAAGGGAAAUACUUUUGGCUUUAUUAGUACAAAACCAGAACACUUUGCUGAGAAAAUCCAGCAAAUGUUGGUGCUAAGCUACUUUUGGGAAGCCUUGCCUCGAUUCUUGUGGAAUCUUCCUUUUAAUCAGUGUGAAUGUCUCAGUUAAGAGCAUGUCCACGUUAUGAGGUCAAGGUGGCGAAGACUCGAGUGGCAAGACGAUAACAGCCACUACUGCUAGAUACAAAUGUAAAUGUUUUUAAUGUUUUAAUCGUUAUUUUACUGUUUGGGGUUGUUUUUGUUUAAUGUUCUGGAUGUAGAGUAAGAGCAAGACAAGAACAAUGUAUUAAACAAGUAGGCCAAAGCA